AUGUACCUAAAGUUAAAGCAGACAAACCAAAGCCGGCCAAAGAUGUACCUAAAAGCAGACAAAUCAAAGCCGGCCGAAGAUGAACCUAAAGUUAAGGCAGACAAACCAAAGCCGGUCAAAGAUGUACCUAAAGUUAAGACAGACAAACCAAAGCCGGCCGAAGAUGUCCCUAAAGUUAAGGCAGACCAACCAAAGACGGCGGAAGAUGUACCUAAAGUUAAAGGAGACAAACCAAAGCCGGCCAAAGAUGUACCUAAAGUUAAGGCAGACAAACCAAAGCCGGCCGAAGAUGUACCUAAAGUUAAGGCAGACAAACCAAAGCAGGCCAAAGAUGUACAUAAAGUUAAGGCAGACAAACCAAAGCCGGCCAAAGAUGUACCUGAAGUUAAGGCAGACAAAACAAAGCCGGCCGAAGAUGCAGACAAACCAAAGCCGGCCAAAGAUGUACCUAAAGUUAAGGCAGACAAACCAAAGCCGGCCAAAGAUGUACCUAAAGUUAAGGCAGACCAACCAAAGCCGGCCGAAGAUGUACCUAAAGUUAAGGCAGACAAACCAAAGCCGGCCAAAGAUGUACCUAAAGUUAAGGCAGACAAACCAAAGCCGGCCGAAGAUGUACCUAAAGUUAAGGCAGACAAACCAAAGCCGGCCGAAGAAGUACCUAAAGUUAAGGCAGACAAACCAAAGCCAGCCAAAGAUGUACCUAAAGUUAAGGCAGACAAACCAAAGCCGGCCGAAGAUGUACCUAAAGUUAAGGCAGACAAAUCAAAGCCGGCCGAAGAUGAACCUAGAGUUAAGGCAGACAAUCCAAAGCCGGCCAAAGAUGUACCUAAAGUUAAGACAGACAAACCAAAGCCGGCCGAAGAUGUCCCUAAAGUUAAGGCAGACCAACCAAAGACGGCGGAAUAUGUACCUAAAGUUAAAGCAGACAAACCAAAGCCGGCCAAAGAUGCUGUAGACAAGCAUGACACCAUUGACUGA